AUGACAAUAAUCAAGGUAAUAACUGUGCUCAUAUGUGUUUUAGCGACAUCUCGCCCAAAUACUGGCACCGCGGGGUCUUCGUCUAUUUCUACGAGUCACGUGACGAACAACGAUGGACAGAAAACGGAAUCUGAAUUUACCGACAUCCCAGUGGACAGUGCAGUGCAGGCCCAGUCUAAUUCGAAGGCUAGCGUCGGCGCGUCGGAUAAUGGCGAAUUCCAAGCGAGCAACGUCGCCAGCUCUUGGAGUACAGAAGAGAAAAUAUUCGGCCAUGAGGUUGUGCGUGGUGCCCAGAAACUGAGCCUUCCGAAAGCAGACGCUUCGAGCGACGUAAAGCGCUGGCUGCAGAUACGCAUGGCUUCGAUGAAAGCGUAUUUCGAGGCGAAUGUGGCAUUAAUUCAUGCUGAAAAACGCAUGCUUUUGAAGUCGCACUCUGUUGAAAAAAUAAAGCAGUUAGAAGCAAAAGAAAAGUCACUCACUGAAUGGCAUACCGGCAUGAUGAACUCGUCCGAAUCAUCCGGUUCCGUUAGUGAAGAGGCCAGGGGCAAACAAGCGAAGAAGCUACUGAAUGCUAGACGGCAGAUCGAAAAAGAAGCCAAGGUGGUACGCAAUUUAGAAAGGGAGGCGUUGAAAACGUGGCUUGUUCCACUCGGCAGCAUGAAAACCUCAUCAUCCGCUUCAUCGUCAAUCGCUACAAAUAGCGGUGAUGCUUCGCAAAGAGCGGUAGGGACGAGCAGCAAUAUUCAGACGAUGGCUCCCUUAGGCAUGUCCAACGCGGCGGAUGUUCCUCCUGUCUCAGACCUUGUUGAUGAUCGAAAUUCAUUGUCCCUUAGCAUGAAGCAAACGUCUGGCGAUAUCAAAAGUUCGAAUGUUGCUGUAUCUUUUCAUGACAUUGAUUGGAAGCCCGCUGAACAGACAAGACAUGGAACCGGCUUGUUUCCCAGUGGCCAAGGUAUUUCAUCGACGACUAUGAGAGCUCUUAGCUCAGCCCCAUUUGCUGAGAUCUCUGCGGUCAGUCAGAUCGCGAAUGCUGACGUAGCUUUACCUAACGGUCACCCUACUCAUUCAGGCGUCUUUGAUGAAAAUGAUAGACUGACUGAUGAGUUAACUUUGUUUUCUGGCAUGAAUGAGUAUCAGUCUAGAAUAAUGGCACUCAAGGACGACCUGAUGACCAAAAAAGCGGCCGCCCAGCAACUCUCAGCCGAAUACAAUCGCAGAACAAAGCAACAAAUGCGAGUACACGAAAGAUCUUUGAAGCAGCAGAUCGAGGUUUACGAACGCCACAUCAGAAGGUUGGAGGAGCAUAUUUCCGAGCUAUCAACAUCUAAGGCCAAGGCAUACGCUGAUUCAGUGUCCCCUAAAAUUCUCAGUCCCAGACCAAACGACGAUGACGUUAUCCCGAAGUCUCCACGAUCGUUGAUGCUCUUCAAGUCGACUUUGGUCGAUAAUCUGUCUGCGUACUACACGAUAAAGGAGAAAGAUCGGAAGGCAAAGUCUAGCCUGCUUUCGUUAGAAGAAGUAUCGACUGGCGCUAUUGAAUUAUCUAAAUCUGCGGCUGUGAGUCGGUCGCUUAUAAACCUGCCACCAGAAAAGGAGAUGGCAACUUUGUCAAGGGACAUAUCAGGCAACGUGCCUUCUACCGAGAAACCGAAAGAUCGCUCAUCUGAACAAUUAUCUGAGAAUUCGAUCGAGGAAGGCUUUCUUAGUAAGGUGCCUCCCAUAGAUCUUGCAGGCCUGGUGGAAUCAGACAAUGACUUCGUAGCGAAAGAGCAACUUGGAAUUUCGAUUUUUUCCUCUAUGCUAUCGCAGCUCAUUACGGACAUUGUCGAAACGACUGUAAUUAGUGCUCAUACAGCCACUGGUGUCACUGAGCUGUCAUCAAGAGAGGAAGAAGUUGCCACUCUUAUAUGUGACACAAUUUUUCAGUCAGUUCUGUCAGACAGCGUCGCUUCUUGUGUACUGACGAUGACAGGCGAUGCAAAGAAAGACAAGCUCGUGCCAGCUUUGGACACAUCGAUGAAGACUGGGAAUGCUAACCAGCGGGCUGUUGAUGACGCUUCAAAGUUUUUUGAGGGCGGCGAACUGACGACAGAGAAGGAUUAUGAAGCGAAUUUGCCAGAUGGUGGUGAUGUUACGUCAGAAACGCUCGGGAUGGACAGGUUGUUGGACAAGGCAUACCCGGCUUUCCCGGUUUAUGAACAGGAGAUGGUAGAAAACGCCGUCUCUUCAGCGGUCGAGGCACUGUUCGACGAACACUAUGACGUCAGCAAAAUUAACGGCGCGUUGGCGACUCGGAACUUGCGAAUGACCGCUGACAGGUCGGUUGUGUUCGACUCUGAGGACCACCGAGAGAGUAACUUCGAAAACUUCAUUUUCAACCUAUGCGCCGAAAUUUUGGCCGAAGUGUACAGCUUCGCCCGCCAGUGGAAGUCUCUUUCUGAACGGCCGUUGAGCAGACGAACUCGCCUUAAGCUUUCGAAGUUCUGCACGAUUCCACCAACCACGUUGCAGCAGACGAAGGAGUUGGUGUUGAAACAUGUCAGGCAGUAUUUCGGCUUCGUACCUGUCCAGCCAGCCAGGAUAGAGGGAGAGAAGGGCGUUAGUGUGCACUGCUUUUCCCGCUUCUUCUUGCCCAUGCUGAAGAAAGUCGAAUCAGUCAUCUUCGAAUCGUUUGAAUUUGAUCAGUUUGAGGUUCUUCUUUGCUGCUUCCACGUCAAGUAUAGUGCAUCUCUUCCUCAACAAUCUCCUUUCCUAAAGGUGAACUGGACCCAUACGCACUCUGCAACUCUGCACCUGAUGUGCCUGUGA